CCAUUGAGAGAGAAAACACUUGAUAUUGUGGGAUUUGACAUCGGAGAAGACACAACAGUUACGAUAUAGGUAGAUGAUCACAGACAAACGACAGCUGAAGAGACAUUUGGCUCAUUUAAUGGGGUUUUGUAAAGUUAGGAAAGCUUGAUUAAAAGAAAAGCCUUUUGUUUUCUUCUCGCUGCGCAAGGCUCUCUGUUAGUUUUGCCAGGUCUUUGAGGGCUUUGUCUCGACAUGGUUUAUUUUUGGUGAAACACACACAGGCUCCCGGGGAUUUUACUGCCCUGUUUCUGAUGGAUACUGAAGUGUCUGGAAUCAGCAUUUAGUGACAAAACCAGGUCCAAGUGAUUAAUACAGACAGGCCAGUUAGUUAGGGUCCAGAAUCUGAACAACGAAGGUGUUGGAGUUGGCUAGGACAUGGGCAAUUGUUUAAAGUCUCCUACUUCGGAUGAUAUCUCCUUGCUCCAUGAAUCGCAGUCAGACAGAGCGAGUUUCGGCGACGGGGCUGAUCCAGACCAGGAGCCACCGCCACCUUAUCAGGAGCAGAUUCAUGUUCCCGUGUACCACCCCACUCCGAGUCAGACCCGGUUGGCGACACAGCUGACGGAGGAGGAGCAGGUGCGUAUUGCCCAGAGGAUCGGCCUCAUCCAGCACCUGCCCAAGGGAGUGUUUGACCCCGGCAGUGACGGCACCGAGAAGAAGAUACGAGAGUGUGUGAUCUGCAUGCUGGAUUUCGUGUACGGCGACCCAAUCCGCUUCCUGCCCUGCAUGCACAUCUACCACAUGGACUGCAUCGACGACUGGCUCAUGCGCUCCUUCACCUGCCCCUCCUGCAUGGAGCCCGUGGAUGCUGCUCUGCUCUCAUCCUACGAAACCAACUGAACACUGGCUGUACUAAUCCUUGUCUCUCAUAUAUAU